AUGUUUCCAGCCAGGGCCCUCCUUGAUGGCAGCCCGAGAAGGGGCCGAGCUUCUCGAGCGACGCGGGAGCCUCCCAGCUCAGCUGGACCCACGACUCCACCUGGCGGAGACAGACUCAAGAUCGGAUCUGGCACAUCAAAGAGCAUUUGGCAAAGCUAUCUCGGUGAGCGUGGUCUGCUGAUCAAACUUGUUCUUCGCUGCGUCAAAGGCCCGCUGAGAGCAAUUGCUCUCUCCGUCCAGCAUUGACUCCUAAAAGCAGACUCAUCUUUGGCGCUGGCUUGGCAGGUGAGACUCUCCUGCUGACUUGGCAUUCUCCUUGCACUCGUGCGUCUGACUCCUAUUCCACUUGCAAAGCGGUCGCCGUUGCGGGACUGCUAGUCUCGGACAAGCUGGAGGAGCGCUUCCCAGCAACAGAGACUGAAAAGGACGGCCCAGGUCUAUUUCGCGUCACGAUGGUCGACGCGCAGAACCGCCGGUGA